AUGCCUCUUCUCUUGCUUCUUGGCCAGGACACAGGUAUUAACAAGACUUUCCUCAGAUUUCUUGAGACUCCUCACUGUGUGUGCAGCAGGAGCUGUGGCCCUGGAUGGAGGCAAGCUCCCCAGUGGGGAAAGGCUGCCUGCUGCUUUGACUGCAUGUGCUCCCCAGAGAAGGAGGUGUCCAAUGCCACGGAUAUGAAGCAAUGUGUGAGGUGUGCAGAGGAUCAGUACCCUAAUAGUGACCAAGACCAUUGCCUCUCAAAGGUGGUGACCUUCCUGGCCUGUGGAGAUCCUCUGGGGAUGGUCCUGGCCUGCACAGCCCUUGGUCUGCCUGUGCUCACAGCUGGGGCUCUUGGGGUCUUUGUGAAGCACAGGGACACCCCCAUAGUCAAAGCUAAUAACCGGGCUCUCAGCUACAUCCUGCUCAUCUCCCUCAUCCUGUGCUGCCUCUGCUCCUUCCUCUUCCUUGGCCGUCCCAACACUGCCACCUGCCUCCUCCAGCAAAUGAGUUUUGGGCUCAUCUUCACUGUGGCCGUUUCCACCACUUUGGCUAAAACCAUCACUGUGGUCCUGGCUUUCAAGGUCACAACCCCAGGGAGAACAAUGUGGCAUUGGUUGCUCUCAGGGGCCCCCAGUGCCCUCAUUGCCAUCUGCUUCUUGAUUCAAGGGACUUUCUGUGCAGUCUGGUUGGGGACCUCUCCCCCUUUCAUGGACAUAGAUGCACAUUCGGAGCCUGUCCCCCUGAUUGUCAUGUGCAACAAGGGCUCUGCCAUGAUGUUGUAUCUUUCCUUAGGAUACUGGGUUUCCUUGGCUCUCCUGAGCUUCUCCUUGCCUUUCCCGGCCAGGAGCCUGCCCAACACUUUCAAAGAAGCCAGGUGGCUGACAUGCAGCAUGCUGAUGAUUAGUGUCUGGAUCGCAUUCCUCCCUUUGUACAAUAGCUCCAAAGGGAAGGUCACGGUGGUGGUGGAGGUCUUUUGCAUCUUGGCUUCCAGUGCUGGGUUACUGGGUUACAUCUUUGUUCCAAGUUGCUGCCAUAUUCUCAAGUCAGAGAGGAAUACCCUGCCCAAAUUAAGGGGGCCAACUCUGGCAGUCACUGAUCUGUUCUCUGUAUGUAAAAGUCAAGAGUGCUCUUGUAGUGCAGCAGCUUUGGAAUCCAGCCUUGUCACUCUGGUGGCUUAG